AUGCAUGACAAACUGAAGGAUGAUGCUGCGCUACCAUUAUGGCCUGGGUGUAAGAAGGCUUCUAAAUUAUCAGUUGUGUUGACUUUGUACAACUUAAAAGUUGGACAUCAAGUUUCUGAUGCUUUCUUUACGGAGAUGCUCACAGCUGUUAGUGAACUCUUGCCAGAUGACAACGUCCUCCCGCGUAGAACUUAUGAGGCUAAACAGAUGCUCAAAUCCAUUGGAUUAGUACAUGAACGGAUUCAUGCUUGUCCUAAUGAUUGUAUUCUAUAUCGAAAAGAGUAUGCAACGUUUGAUGAAUGUCCAAAAUGUGGAUUAAAACGUUAUAAGACUAACAAUUCUCCCGCAAAGGUCAUGUGGUACUUUCCUAUAUUACCCAGACUCAGAAGAUUGUAUGCUAGUGUUGAAGAUGCUAAAAAUUUAACGUGGCAUCAGGAUGGUAGAACUAAAGAUGGGAUGUUGAGACACCCCGCUGAUUCACCUCAAUGGAAGACAUUCGAUGAUACAUAUAAGGAUUUUGGGAAUGAACCAAGGAAUCUUCGUCUAGCACUUUCAACUGAUGGAAUGAACCCUUAUCGUCUUCAAAGUAGUUCUCACAGUACAUGGCCUGUGAUUUUAAUGAUCUAUAACUUAGCACCGUGGCUUUGUAUGAAGCGCAAAUAUAUGAUGAUGUCUAUUUUGAUAUCAGGUCCUAUACAACCUGGUAACGACAUUGAUGUAUACUUGGCACCAUUAGUCGAGGACUUGAAGCUAUUGUGGGAAGAGGGAAUUGAAGUAUAUGAUGCACACAGAAAAGACCAAUUUAGAUUAAAGGCCAUGUUAUUCAGAACAAUAAGUGAUUUUCCCGCUUAUGGCAAUCUUUCCCGGUAUAGUGUGAAAUGCUAUUAUGCAUGUCCUUUGUGUGGUGAGGAGACUGAUCAUAUCCGAUUGAAACAUUGUAAAAAGUGUGUUUAUAUGGGGCACAGGCGAUGGUUGCCCUCAGACCAUCCGUAUAGAACUAUGCCAUUAGCAUUUAAUGGUGAAGUUGAAGAACGAGGUGCUCCUCCUAUAUUAUCAGGUGAUGAAGUUUGGAAAGAGCUUGAAAACCUAGACAUCCCAUUUGGUAAAGAAUUUGCGAAGGAUAUUCCUACUAGGGGCUGGAAGAAGCGUUCAAUUUUCUUUGAAUUGAGUUAUUGGAAGGACCUCUAUGUAAGACAUUUUAUCGAUCUCAUGCAUGUGCAGAGAAAUGUUUUUGACAGCCUAAUUGGCACCAUGCUUGGUGUCCCGGGUAAAACUAAAGAUGGUCUUAAUGCAAGGAUGGAUAUGAUGGAGAUGGGAAUAAGACCAGAGCUAGCCCCUCAGGAAAAACCUGUCAAAAAACCUUAUUUACCUCCUGCAGCUCAUACUCUGUCUAAGGAUGAGAAGAGAGUAUUACUGCAAACACUCCAUUCCGUUAAGGUGCCAGAAGGAUACUCAUCAAAUAUCAAAAGUCUUGUAUCUUUGAGUGACAUGAAAUUAAAGGGUUUGAAAUCACAUGAUUGUCAUGUCAUCAUGGAGAACUUGCUUCCAAUUGCUAUACGUUCCAUUUUGCCAGAAAAAGUACGGAAAACAAUCACAAAGUUGUGUUGGUUCUUUAAAUCAAUGAGUAGCAAAGUCAUUGAUCCAAGAAGGUUGUCAUAUCUCCAACGACAAAUUGUUGAGACACUUUGUGAGGUUGAAAUGUAUUUUUCCCCAUCUUUUUUCGACAUCAUGAUUCAUUUGACCGUGCACCUCAUUUAUGAAACAAGAAUGUGUGGUCCGGCUCGUAUGAGAUGGAUGUAUCCAGUCGAGCGAUAUUUGAAAAUCUUGAAAGAAUAUGUAAUGAACAUGUCUCGACCAGAGGGUUGCAUUGCAGAACGCUAUCUAAUUGAAGAAGCAAUAGAAUUUUGGUCAGAAUUUAUCCCAAAUAUGGAAGCAAUUGGUUUGCCAAGUGACCGUCAUAGUGGUAGGAUUGAUGGUGAAGGUGUUACUGGAGAAUUGCAUAGGAAAUCUAUUAGUGAUGAACAUCCGGAGAAAGGGGCUAACUGGAUAGAAGUUGAGCACAAUCAUACAUUUAUUGAUUGGUUCAACAAUUAUGUCACUAAUGAGUUAAUGCAAAAUAAUGAAACGAUAUCAGAUAGAGUAAAAUGGUUGUCAAGAGGUCCUGAUUCAUUUGUGUAUUCUUAUAAGUGUUAUCUCAUAAAUGGAUACAUUUUUUACACUAGAGAACACGAUGAGACGAGCACAAUGCAAAAUAGUGGGGUUGCAAUCACUGCAACAUCGAUACACCAAUCAUCUAGCGAUGAUAAAGAUCCUGUUUUAGCCGAUACCACAUACUUUGGCAGGAUUCAGAAUAUUUUGGAACUUGAUUAUGUUGGAUUUAGGGUCCCCGUAUUUGAUGGUAAUUGGGUUAAUAAUACUGGUGGUGUCCAUGUUGAAGAGUCCGGGUUCAUACGGGUUGAUCUUUCCAAGGUUGGGUACAAAGAUGAUUCUUUCAUAAUGGCUACACAAGCCCAACAAGUGUUUUAUGUAACUGAUCCAGUUGAUAAGAAGUGGUCCAUUGUUGUCUUGUCAAACAAGUUGAACAACAGUUAUCAAGUUAGGGAUGGUGUUGAUGAAGAACAUGAUAAUAUAGAUGAUCCUUUCGGGGAAUUGAAUAUUUCCACGAGCAUGGAUGGCGGUGAUGAUUAUGAAUGUUUUUACUUUAGGAAUGAUCAUGAUGAUGGUGAAUAUGUCAAUCCAGAUUUUCAUAAUAUACAUGGCCAUGAAAGAUCAAAGUCUAUUAAAACACGCAAAAGGAAAAGUAAAUCUAAGAAAUGUAUGUAUGUUUUCUUAUGUUAA